GUAGGGGCGGAGAGGAGAGGAGAGCAGAGGAGGAAAGAGGAGAGGAGAGGAGCAGACAGAGAAGCUGCCAGGCUGCGCCGACAGCACGGAGGUUCACAUCCGACGGGCUUCGACGCUGGAGCUGGACUUUCUACAGCGACUCCCUCCGCGGUGAUAAUAAACCAAAGAGGAGAGAGAUCCGUGUGCAUACAGAGAGAGGGAGAGAGCAGAAGAAGAAAAGGAAAGGAGGAGGAGGAGGCUGACGAGACAAGUGGGAAGGAGAGUCGGACUCCAAGUUGCUGGCGCGCUGCGCUGCGCUGCGCUCCUGAGCUGAUGGCAUCCGUACUUGGAAACGGCAGCCGCGCGCCGGGCGCUCCGAGCGGCCAGGUCCGGUGCAAGCUGAAGCGGAGGAGGAGGAGGCGAUCCAAGAGGAAAGAGAAAGUCAGUAUGCUGUCGGCAUUGAUCGCUCCCUUCAAGUACAUAAGCCCUGGGACCAGCAGCACGGAGGACGAGGACAGUUUGAGCACGAGCAGCGCGGAGGUGAAGGAAAACCGCAACGUAGGGAACUUGGAGGACCUCUCCGGAGAAUGCCAGUCGCGAGGGGCCGGCUCUGGCCUGAAGAGGAAACGGCCCCUGGAGGAAGACAACAACGGGCGCCUGUGUCAGCUCCGACUCAUCUAUAAGAAGCUCUCCUGGUCUGAGGCGCCAAAGAACGCCUUAGUGCAGCUGAACGAGCUUCGGCCGGGGCUGCAGUACCGCCUGGUAUCCCAGACCGGCCCCGUCCACGCUCCCGUCUUCUGCAUCGCCGUGGAGGUCAACGGGCUCACCUUUGAGGGCACCGGACCCACGAAGAAGAAAGCAAAGAUGAGGGCCGCCGAACUGGCUCUCAAAUCCUUCGUCCAGUUCCCCAACGCGCCCCAGGCCCACCUGGCCAUGGGAAACAUCGCCAACCCCUCGGCGGACUUCACGUCCGACCAGGCCGACUUCCCCGACACGCUCUUCAAGGAGUUCGAGGCGUCGCCGUGCUCCGACGGCCUCGCGCUCUGCGACCCGUCGAGCGAGAGCGAGCUGCUGUCGAGCGAGCUGCUGCGGCACGGACGGCUGCUCCGCCACACGUUGGACCUCAUGGUGCAGGCCCAGCAGAGGCUCGGCGGGAUCGUCCCGGAGCCCGAGGCGCCGAAGAGUCCCGUGGCGCUGCUCAACGAGCUCCGGCCGGGCCUGCGCUACGCCUGUCUGUCGGAGCGAGCCGAGGGGAGGCGGCCGCGGAGCUUCGUGAUGGCGGUGCGCGUGGACGGGCGGAUAUUCGAGGGCUGCGGUCGCAGCAAGAAACUCGCCAAGACCCACGCGGCCCAGUGCGCUCUUCAGGGCCUCUUCGACAUCAGGACAGCCCCCGAAGGGAGGACGGGCCUCAAAGCCAGCAGGAAGAGUUGCUCUCAUUUACCCCAGGACUUUGCCGAUUCAAUAUUCCACCUGGUGAGGGAGAAGUACCGGUCGCUGGUGGGCGGCUGCAGUCCGGCGCACGCUCGACACAAAUCCCUGGCAGGCAUCGUAAUGACCCGAGAUCUGGACCUGAGGCACGCCCAGGUGGUGGCGCUAUCCACGGGAACCAAAUGCAUCAACGGGGAGUACCUGAGCGACCAAGGACAAGUCAUCAACGACUGUCACGCCGAAGUCACGGCGCGAAGGGCUCUGAUACGUUUUCUCUACUCUCAACUGGAACUUUUCUUGAGUAAAAGGCUGGAGGACUGGGAGGAGUCGAUAUUUGUCCGCCACAAAGAGCAGAGUUACAGGUUGAGAGACAACGUCCAUUUCCACAUGUACAUCAGCACUUCGCCAUGUGGGGACGGGAGGCUCAACUCGCCUUAUGAAAUUACAAGUGAUCUACACAGCAGCAGACACCUCAUGAGGAAGCAUCGAAGCCACCUGCGGACCAAAAUCGAGUCCGGCGAAGGGACGGUUCCUUUGCGAUGCCGGGGGCCCGUCCAGACAUGGGAUGGCAUUCUACAGGGGGAGCAGCUCAUCACCAUGUCCUGCACAGACAAGAUCACCAGGUGGAACGUCUUGGGCCUGCAGGGGGCGCUGCUGAGCCACUUUGUGGAGCCGGUGUACCUGCACAGCAUCACUGUGGGAAGCCUGCGCCACACUGGUCAUCUGAGCAGAGUUCUGACCCAGCGGCAGGAGCGCCUGGGCCCUCUGCCCGCCACAUACAGACGCAGCCAGCCUCUGCUUAGUGGGCUGAGCAACAUUGAGUACCAGCAGCAGGGGAAGGCCACGUGCGUCAGCAUCAACUGGACGCUGGGCGACGCGCAGGCGGAGGUGGUCAACACGGCGACGGGUCGGCGCCGGGAUUCAGGGACGCCGUCGCGCAUCUGCAAGCACGCCCUGUUCACCCGCUGGAACAGACUGCACCGAAAGCUGGGGCUCCACGUCUCCAGCUCAGCGACAGACCCUCAGCCCAUGUACAGCGAGGCCAAGAUGGCGGCGCGUCCUUACCAGAUCGCGAAGCAGCAGUGGUUCAAGUCUCUGCAGGAGACGGGCCUUGGUACCUGGGUGAAGAAACCUCCGGAGCAGGAGCAGUUCCUGUUGUCCAUCUGAGCAACGCCGUGUGUGUGUGUGUGUGUGUGUGUGUGUGUGUGUGUGUGUGUGUGUGUGUGUGUGUGUGUGUGUGUGUGUGUGUGUGUGUGUGUGUGUGUGUGUGUGUGUGUGUGGGUGUGACCUUUAUUUUUUUAGGGUAAGAUAACGCCCCCCACAGCUUCAUACCAGGAAGUGCACCCUCCAAACCCAAGAUUACCAACCCUUGUGCGUGUCCGCAGUUUUCAUUCUGUUUCGUGUCGCCCUUUCAUCCCGUCACUGAAGCCACCAGCAGAAGAUCAUGUAGGAAAACUAGAGUUGAAAAGCUGGAGUUUCUUUCCCCUUUGAACACAAACAAGUUUAAGCAAACACCCAUCUAAAUACACCCGCCCCCCCACCCUCCAUUCCCGUCCGUGGCUGUCAAGGAAAAAGGGGGUUGGGGUAACCUUGAGCAGAAUGAAAGGCAGCCGCUAUCUUGUCAUCAGCUAUUUCUGGGCCCUGAGGCUCCCGCUGAGGAGCGAAGCCACGGGGGAGAAAGAGAACGAGGCAGGCUGAGCAAGGGGAAAGGAUGGGGGAAAAAAAAAAAAAGAGGGUCCAAGUCCAAUUACCGGCCCUGUCAGGGUGACGGGUGAUAGAGACGAAGGCAGGGAGUGAGGAAAGAGAAGGACAGGGUGGUUCACCUUCUCCUCUUUUAUUACUACCUCCAUCCUUCUUCGCUUAAUUCACCUUUUUAACUCUCCUGUGCCCUCUCCCUCCGUCCGAGGGGAGCUAAACAUGACACAGCGACAGGUUAAUGCAGCCCUGGAGGAGGUCUGGGGUAUAAAUGACAUCAUUACUUCACAACUAAGCACAAGAACGGAGGAGGAGACGGACCGGAGAGUUUCUUCUUUGCAUUUUUUCCUUGGUCUUAACAAAAGCUCAGUAACAACAUUCAUACUCAUCGUUUCUUCCCCUUCAGUCUGAUAACAGCUAUUAGUGACGCUUUUUUUUUUUGUUACCCUUACUUUCAACUCCCAUCACCGUCAGAUCCGAGGUCCAACACCCGAUAGGUCACCGUCCGCCCCAUGUAAAUUAGCACCUUAAUGCAUCUGGUCUUUGCAUAUUUUGUCUGUGUAUCACUGUGAUGUCUUUCUAUUCAUCAUGAUCAUGACUCUACUGUUCUGUCAGCGUUCUCUAUAAAUAAUUGAGCCGCAGCAUCAGGCCGCCGGCGGCAGCGAGAUCCAAGCAGUGACAUCAGUGACAUCUAGUGGUUUCUCUGAGUACUGCGCCCUGUUCAGACCUGGUGGUUUCACUGGGACUGUGUGAGCGUUGAGAUGACAAACAGAAAGAUUUACACCAGAAAGCUACCUUAUGACUCAUGCUCCAUUAUUGGUUUUCCCCUCAUUCAUUGAGAUCCAAGAGAGACCUAUUUUGAUAAACAGUAAUUAUCGUAGCAAUGAAAUUGGGAUUUAGUGAUAUAUAUUUUUAUAAAAAUUUAUAGUGAGACUUGAAUCUGUUUGGGCUGGACUGAACAUGGCGUGAUCAGAUGAAGUCACACUAACAGUAGAACCUGCAUGCUGUUCAAAUUCAAACAAUACUUUAUUGAUCCCAAAGGGAAAUUAGAUACACAUUGUGUGUAUUGUGUGUAAUUGCAAAAUUACAAAUGAUGCAUCUUAUGCAGUGGCGGAUGUGCAUAUCACUACUUAUUUCAUUUUGAAUGUUUUACUGUUUUGUUUUUUUUUUGUCAAUGCAACAAUCACAAACGAUUUUCAGGUGGACAAGUGUUAUGUGAGACGCACCAACUCAAAAUUAUUGAACCAGAAGCAAAACAAUAUUACAUCUUUUAACAUUUUUACAGAUGAAAAUUUGAAGGACAUGGCACACAUUUGCUUGCAUCCACUUUUUAUUCUAAAGCCCCUAAAUCAAAUCCAAUUCACUAGUUUGGUCUUUAAUGGAAGAAUAGCAAAGAGGAAGCAGGGGGGUAAUGGUCAUCAGCUUGUUCUGCUAACAGUAGUUGGCAAUCAUUCUGGUUUUGUGACUUGAACUGGCACUUGUUAAUGUCUAUGUGAUGCUUAGUAUAUUUGUUACAUUCAUAUUUGACUUCUUUUGUUGUUUUUUUUUAAGAAUUCAACAUAAACACUUCAUCCCCCAGUGAAAGCUAGAAGUUUUGCAAACCUUGUGAUUUAAAAGGAGCUGAAAUUUGCCUACAUUGAACCUGGAAAAAAACAGAACCAACUGGAGAAAGAUUCAGCUGCGAGCAAAACGAAGAGGAUUCAAAAUCUCCAGUCACUACUUUAUAUUAAUUCAGACACCAAAAAAACUCCACUGUGGAAUAGAUUUUAUGUAAAGUACCGUCUGUAUGUCAGAUCAAUAUCACUGUUUAGGUGCAAAUCUUGGUUUCUCUGGCAAAUGUGACAUUCAUUACCAUCACGCUCCCCAAUGUUAGCAAACACAGAGUUUCACCAAUUUAUUUUUGAGAUAAAACAUAUAACGUUUGUCUGAAAGCUGUUUGCGUGUAAAUAUGUAAAAACAAAUGUACAAAUGAUGUUGAUGAGGAAGGAAUCUAAAAAUGUCCAACUAUGUAAAUCGAGGUACAAGAGGAAUUGCUGCUAAGGUCUGUAAAUUGCACUUCAGUAACAUAAAAAGUGAAUGUUUGUACUGUAUAUGUGAAUAAAACCACUAAAUCUUGUAA